CCAGACAGACAGCCGCUAUCUUCUGACUCAUUGACCGCCCCACCUACACCUCAGCAGCGGAGAGCCCUGGACUUCACAAUGACUCCGGAGUAUGACUACCUGUUCAAGCUGCUUCUCAUAGGAGACUCGGGAGUGGGCAAGUCUUGUCUUCUCCUCCGGUUUGCGGAUGACACCUACACAGAGAGCUACAUCAGCACCAUCGGAGUGGACUUCAAGAUACGAACCAUUGAAAUGGACGGGAAGACUGUCAAGCUGCAGAUUUGGGACACGGCUGGGCAGGAGAGGUUCCGCACAAUCACAUCCAGCUACUACAGAGGAGCUCAUGGCAUCAUCAUCGUCUAUGAUGUCACCGACCAGGAGUCCUUCAACAACGUUAAGCAGUGGCUGGAGGAGAUUGAUCGCUACGCCUGCGAGAACGUCUCCAAGCUGCUGGUGGGCAACAAGGUUGACCUGGCCAACAGGAAGGUGGUGGACUUCAGCACUGCUAAGGAAUUUGCCGCAUCGAUCAAUAUCCAGAUCCUUGAAACGAGCGCCAAGAAUGCCAGCAACGUGGAGAAGGCCUUCCUUACCAUGGCCUCCGAGAUCCAGAAACGGGUUGGCACAGAGAAUGUACAGAACGAGACAGUGAAGAUGGGCACGAAAAUCAACAGUGCCCCGCUGUGGCCUGGAGGGGAAAAACCCAAAGCAGACGAUGCCAGUACGUGCUGUUGAUGGCAGAUGGAGGAGGCCUAUUUACUGUAGCUGGUGGUGGUGGUGGUGCCCAUACGGAAAAGAUAUACAUAAAACUUCCAAACUACUUCAUACAUGAUCUACCAGUCUACCAGUGGUUCUUAA